AUGCUCUUGGACAAUUAUCUUUACAAGAUGAGUAAAGUAAUGAAAGAUGAUAAUGUUAGUUCCAUGCUGACUCCUGCAGACAAUAUGAAGAUCAAUUCUGCAAUUAUGAAUGGAAAAAGUUUGAUUGAUAAUCAUUGCAACCAACGCCAGGAAACAUGUGUGUUUGUGGACUUUAUGAAGGAGCUUGAAAGCAUGUUUGAAUCCAUGUUGAACAAGAUCAACAAAGGUUUCUUACUCUUGUGA